AUGGCAAACUCUGGAGGUCAUGGAAUCAAUCCCUCAGCUUUCGCUUCCAGCUCGUCAGACAUUAUACCCUAUGCUCCAGGGAGGUAUUAUCAGCCAGGACAUAUCAUAGGCGAGGAGGAGGAUCCACCUGCCUCCGCUGCCCCAUCAUCAUCUACAGACCGGAAGUCCAGAAACAAACUUCACUUUUUCGAUAACGUCAACGAUCCAUCGAGUGGUACUGAAGAGCAAGAACAAGAACCUAGUUCUAGGAAUCCUUGGGAAGAGGGAUUCAGAAGUGUACGGGAGACGAUGUCUAGUAUCUUCUCAAGUAAGAGGAAUGAGCCAAAUAUGGAUACAAAGCGUGAAUCUUCCAUACCACCCAGGCCGACCGUUGAGGAUUACCCAGAAGAAACCAAAAAUGCCAACGACAGUUGGGGACCAUCUUGGAAUUUUGAUUCCAGCCGAGCAGGGACAACGAACGACAGACAUACCAGAGAAGAGGAGCCUGAAAGAGGUCGAUCAAACCAAAGGGGUGCUGAGCGAUUUCGUCCAGGGUACGAAGAUCGAUUUGAUUCUACCCAAAGUACCAAUCGCUUUCCUCGUCAACGUUCACCUGAAAAUCCAAAACAACAAAGAUCAGCCACUCCUUUCACCAAAGAUAUCCUUUCAAGUUCCGAGUCUGGGUCUGACUCUGAGUCGAAUGACGAAAUGCCAUCGAACGAUACAUCGAGACACUAUUAUAUGAGCGGAGCAAAUGGACCUGGAGACUCGAAAGAUAAUAGAUUUCAUAAUUUCUUCUCUCGUCGGAAAUCUUCCUACAACCAGCCUCAGCCUCAACCUAGAGGUGAUACGUAUUAUCCUCAAAUGUCGACUGAACAAAGUACAUCACCUUUCAUAGGAAGAAUUCGGAAUAGGCUGAAGAAGAGAAGAAGUGGCGAUGACUCUACUGGACAACGUACGAAUAUCUUCGGAAGUGCAAAUACCUCCCAAUACCCUCAUUACGGAGGGUAUCCAUUAUCUCCCAUGGAUCCAUCGAUGGGAUAUAUGGGUCAGCCAUCAUCUCCUUGGAUGACCCCUUCCAUGGACCAUUUUUAUGGUGGAUAUGGGGAACCACCAAUGAUGGACCCAAGUAUGAUGAUGGGUAUGACUCGAAGUAUGAUGGGAAUGCAGCCCAGUAUGAUGGGGACCAACCCGAAUAUUAUGAGUUACGGAAGCGGCUUUUGGGGAUGGGGUCCAUCUCCCCCGACAUACAAUCAAAGUAUCGGAUCACACCCAGGGUUCUUCCCCGCAGGUCCAGAGCCGAUCGAUAACCGUCUCAGUAGACUGACUGCAGCUCGAGUAGCUAUAGAGGCCAAAGCGGCGGCGGCGGCAGCAGCAUCGGCGGCAACUACUACUCCCACGGGGUCUAUGGCAGCAUCCACUACACCUACUAAUUUAUCACAGCUGUUGGGUGGCUCAGCACACUCUCAUCCACUCGCUAGUCAGCUGAGCUCACUGGGCGGUCAGUCAAACGCGACCGAUCCAAACUCGCGCUGGCCCGAACCACGUAUAGCAAAUUAUCAAGGUCGAAGAAUUGAGAUACCACCAUUUCGAACUCUUCAAGAAGCGAUCUCAGCACAGAUGUCGGAAUCACAGUUCGGCCCUUCGUUUGGAAAUACCCAGCAAUCCGAUCUGAACUCCCGAUCGAUGCAGGAUCGUUUGGUCACAUUGCAGACGGGUACGGGUCAAUCAUUCCGGGUUUCUGUACCUGCCGGAAGAUCUGUCAAUGAAGUGGUGGACUCGCUACGGAUGAGUGGUCAACUGACAGGUUGA